CGCUCUAGCUUCGUCCAGAGAAGUCGCAGUCCCUGCCUGGUUCCGGAGCCCGCGCCCCGGCGUCUGCAGUAGCUUACCCUCCGCGCUGUCCUGCAGCUACCCACUGCCCUUUGCCGCCCACCAUGGCGCUGCUGCACUCCAGCCGCGUCCUCUCCGGGGUCGCCGCCGCCUUCCACCCAGGCCUUGCCGCUGUGGCCUCUGCCAGAGCCAGCUCCUGGUGGACUCAUGUGGAAAUGGGACCCCCAGAUCCCAUCCUGGGAGUCACUGAGGCCUACAAGAGAGACACGAACAGCAAAAAGAUGAACCUGGGAGUUGGUGCCUACCGUGACGACAACGGCAAGCCCUAUGUGCUCCCAAGUGUGAGGAAGGCAGAAGCCCAGCUUGCUGCAAAAAAUGUGGACAAGGAAUACCUGCCCAUUGCAGGGCUGGCUGAAUUUUGUAAGGCAUCUGCAGAACUGGCCCUGGGUGAGAACAACGAGGUGUUGAAAAGUGGCCGGUUCGUCACUGUACAAACCAUUUCUGGAACUGGAGCCUUAAGGAUCGGAGCCAACUUUCUGCAAAGAUUUUUCAAGUUCAGCCGUGAUGUCUACCUGCCCAAACCAUCCUGGGGAAAUCACACACCCAUCUUCAGAGAUGCUGGCAUGCAGCUACAAGGUUACCGGUACUAUGACCCCAAGACUUGUGGCUUUGACUUCACUGGUGCCAUGGAGGACAUUUCUAAAAUACCAGAACAAAGCAUUAUUCUGCUGCACGCCUGUGCCCACAAUCCCACAGGAGUGGACCCUCGCCAAGAACAGUGGAAGGAAAUAGCAUCAGUGGUGAAGAAAAAGAAUCUCUUCGCGUUCUUUGACAUGGCGUACCAGGGCUUCGCCAGCGGUGAUGGUGACAGGGAUGCCUGGGCUGUGCGCCACUUCAUUGAACAGGGCAUUAAUGUUUGCCUGUGCCAGUCAUACGCCAAGAACAUGGGUUUAUACGGAGAGCGUGUCGGAGCCUUCACUGUGAUCUGCAAAGAUGCGGAUGAAGCCAAAAGAGUGGAGUCCCAGCUGAAGAUCUUGAUCCGUCCCAUGUAUUCCAACCCUCCUAUCAAUGGGGCCCGGAUUGCCUCUACCAUUCUCACUUCCCCAGAUCUGCGAAAGCAAUGGUUGCAAGAAGUGAAAGGCAUGGCCGACCGUAUCAUUAGCAUGCGCACCCAGCUGGUCUCCAACCUCAAGAAGGAGGGCUCCUCCCACAACUGGCAGCACAUCACUGACCAGAUUGGAAUGUUUUGUUUCACAGGCCUAAAGCCCGAGCAGGUAGAGAGGCUAACCAAGGAGUUCUCAAUCUACAUGACAAAGGAUGGCCGCAUCUCUGUGGCAGGGGUCACCUCUGGCAAUGUGGGCUAUCUUGCCCAUGCCAUUCAUCAGGUUACCAAGUAAUCUCCGGAUGCAAGGAACAGAGACAACCUUUCUGUCCUCAGCCUCUGCUGAUGUGAGAUUGACAUGCAGGAGGAGGGAGGGUGGAUGGUGGUGAGUGGAUCAUUUCUUUCAACCACAGUACACAACACUCAACAGCUGAAUGUGUUUCUCAGAAAAGAACAUGUAGCAAAAUAGUGCAGAGGCAGGGUGGCUGGUCUGGGACUUGUGGCUGUAAACCAAACUCUCCCCCAUUCUUUUGUCUCCAACUUUUCUAAAAGAGUUUACACAUGUAAGGAAGUCACAGCACCAAAAAAAAAACCUGUAUUCAAGAGAUUGCAAUAUUUCAGAAGCUUUAACGGAAGCAUCAUGUUGUUUAAGGGUUUCCUCUGUGGGCCCAGCAUGAGACAUAGCUCAUAUUAGAAGCCAUGAGAGAAGACCUAGGCUGUCAUUAACAGUCACUAACUCACAUUUGUCCUCCGUGGUGGAACCUAAUCAACAGACCAGAUUAUACUUUACAAAAACCAAUGACUACAAAAACCACUGCAGCAAGGAAAGUAAUACAUGCUGUUUCCUGGCUUAUUUAAGAAAAGGAGAGAGAAGACUCACCUCUUUAUCAUUGUUAUACUUUUCUUUAGGCAUGAAGACAUACCUAGCCAGAUUUUCACUCCAUGCUGCUGUUUGAUUGGUCAUCGACCCUGUCAGGAUUUAUUUCAGAAUAAAGAACAUAAUUCUCAUGCCAUUCCUUCUCCUUUCUUAGCGAAGAAUAGUGGAGAGUAGGCAACUGCACUUUACUUCAGUGUCUGCUUCAGGGGCUGUGUGCUGGUCCCCGCUGGCAUGUUGCCUCUGCCGGCUGGCUGCUUCCUCCCCUAGUGUGGCUGCACAGCCACUCACCUCAUUGCCAGCUGGGCAGUGCAGGGUAGCGUCAGAAAAGAAGAUGCACCUCACCCUUUGGAAGGUAGCCACCAUCCGCUCUAAUCAUGUAGACUUACUACAGCCUGGUUUCUCUGUUACAAUAAAAUUACUGUAAACCCAA